AUUUUUCCCAUUCCAUUCUAAAAUAUAAAACAAAAAGGCGGGAAACAAGAAACACAUCACACCUCUCAAUUUCUGUUCCGCCAUGGAUUCCGACUCCGAUUCCGGCGGCUCUUACAUCUCCGCAACCCCACCACGUCACUCCUCUCCCCCACCACCACCUCCACACCACUCUCCUCCUUCGCGAAAACCACAGCAUCCUUCCCCACCAUCUCCAAGAUCAAACACUCUAUUCUCAACAAAAUGCAAACCCAAAUCCAAAACGAAGAUUCCGAACACUUCUAGACCAAUUUUAAGGCCUAAACCCAAGAAGCACUCUUUUAAGCCUGACCCAAUUGCAGUUCAGCCCGACCCAUUUCCCGAACCGGUUCCCUCAGUUAGGCCUGUUAGUCUCCAAGAUUUGCCUUUUAGGCUCAUUAACCCUUGUGGAUUUGAUCAAUGUGAGAGUGAAACAAGGCCAGCUAAAUGUUUGGCUGUGUUGAAAUUUGGGUCUUUUUCGAAAAAGAAUGUGGCUUGUUUGAAUUUCGAAGCUACUGAAGAGGAAAAAAAUAAAGAUUUUGGUUCUGCUCCUUCGGGUUCGGAAAAGGCUAAGUCUAGUCUUGAAUCUGGUGAAAAUGGUAAAGAUGGUUGUUUUGGUGGUUCGGGGUCGAAAAUUGAGGUGGAAGCUGGAAAAGCAGCUGGUUGUGCUGAAAAUGUGGUUAGGCCAGUGAAGAAGCAUCCUAAUUUGAUUAGUAGUGGUGAUUUUGUGCAGCCAGUUAAGAAAGCAAAGUGUUCUAAUGAAGGUAAUUUUGUGAGGCUUAAUAUUAAUGGCUAUGGACGGAGCAAGUUUAGUUACAAGAGUAAAAAUAGGAACUUUAAGUCUUCGAGAAGGAGGAAUAAGAAUUGGAAUGUUAGAGGUAAUGAUAGUAAGGAGGAGGGGGAGUUUGUUGAAGAGGAAGGGUUGGUUUUUGAGAAGAAAGGUGAGAAAGGGAGUGAAAAGAUAAGGGGGGAGUUUGAAAUGUUGGUUGAAGAGGCAGUGUUAAAUGUUAGAAAUGAGGUGUCAGAUGAGAAUUUAGUGAAGCUAUUGAAGCUUACUCAUGGGUUUGAUGAGUUUAGGGAUGGCCAGUUGGAGGCAAUUAAAAUGGUGCUAGAUGGGAAAUCAACUAUGUUGGUUUUGCCAACAGGUGCAGGGAAAUCUUUGUGCUAUCAGUUGGCUUCAAUGGUUUUGCCGGGGAUUACACUUGUUGUUAGUCCUUUGGUUGCUCUGAUGAUUGAUCAACUCAAACAGCUACCACCUGUCAUUCCUGGUGGUCUUAUAUCUAGCAGUCAGACACGUGAAGAGACCGAGGAAACAUUGAGGCUGCUACAAGAGGGUGCGUUGAAGGUCCUUUUUGUUUCGCCAGAGAGAUUUUUGAGUAAUGAAUUCAUAUCUAUUUUUUCUGCUGGCACACUUGUCUCACUUGCGGUGAUUGAUGAAGCCCACUGUAUCUCGGAAUGGUCCCAUAACUUCCGGCCAUCUUAUAUGAGGCUUAGGGCAUCCUUAUUGUGUGACUGUCUUAAUGUCAAGAGCAUUCUUGCAAUGACUGCAACUGCGACAAAAAAAACACUGCUUGAUGUAAUGAAUGCGUUGGAUAUUCCUCCUGCAAAUCUCAUCCAAGCAGCACAAUUGAGGGAUAACUUUAAGUUAUCAGUAUCUAUAAGUGAAAACAGGAUGAAACAUCUGAUGACACUGAUCAGGUCCUCUCCCUAUAAGGAAAUAACAAGCAUCAUUGUAUACUGCAAGUAUAAGUAUGAAACUGACACAAUUAGCAAAUUUCUAGCUGAUGGCAAUAUCAAGGCUAAGAGUUAUCACAGUGGUCUAACUGCAAAAGAGCGAAGCCGCACACAGGAAUUGUUUUGCUCCAACAAGAUAAGAGUGGUUGUUGCGACUGUGGCAUUUGGUAUGGGGCUUGACAAGAGUGAUGUUGGAGCUGUAAUUCACUACAGCCUGCCUGAAAGCUUGGAAGAGUAUGUCCAGGAGAUCGGUCGUGCUGGACGGGAUGGGAGAUUGUCUUUCUGUCAUCUUCUUUUUGAUGAUACCACAUAUUAUAAGCUUCGGAGUCUUAUGUACAGUGAUGGUCUAGACGAAUAUGCUGUAAAUAAGUUCCUUCGUCAAGUUUUCAGCAGCGAUGAAUUUGCUGGAAAAGUUUGUUCAUUGCCCAAAGAAUCAUUAUCUCGUAAAUUUGACAUGAAAGAAGAGGUGAUGCUUACAAUUUUAACACGCUUGGAGUUGGGUGAAGUCCGCUACUUGCAUUUACUUCCAGAAAUGAAUAUAACUUGCUGCUUGAAUUUCUAUAAGACUCCACCCGCAGUACUGGCUUCAAAGGAUGUUUUUGUUGCUGCGAUUAUGAAGAAGUCAGUAACAAAGGAUGGCCACUAUGUGUUUGACAUACCUACUGUAGCAAGCAGCAUGCAUGUUCAAGUUAUGGACCUCACAAAUCAGCUGCAGUAUCUUAAGUUGAAGGGAGAAGUUACAUAUGAAUUGAAGGAUCCAGCAUAUUGCUACACAAUAUUGAAUUCCCCAAAGGAUAUAUGCUCACUUACAGAAGAUCUUACAAAGUGGUUGCUGGAGGUUGAGAGUUGCAAGGUAAAGAAGCUAGAUGCAAUGUACAAUGCUGCAGUCUUUGCAGUGAAAGAGUGUGAUAAAAUGCUUGGCUGCAAUGAUUGCACACCAUUCUUGCAAAAGAAGAUUUUGGAAUACUUCACGGCAGAUGAUGGCAAUGAAAUCCCUAAUAAGAUGGGCCAAAGCAGCCCCUUUUUGCGAUCAGAUAUAAAGGUUUUUCUGCAGAGUAACAACCAUGCCAAGUUUACCCCUAGAGCUAUUGCAAGGAUAAUGCAUGGGAUAGCCAGUCCAGCCUUCCCUUCUGCGAUUUGGUCCAGAACUCAUUUCUGGGGAAGGUAUACGCAGAUAGAGUUCAAGGCGGUUAUGGACGCAGCCAAGGCAGAGCUUCUAAAUAUUGUUGGGAAGGACGUAAUUUAAUGGAUAACUACACGGAAAGAUGUCUUAGGGGUAAACUAGUUUCAACAGAAGGUUAAUGUCGACGAAUGGUUUAUUUUACCAGUCAUUAACUUUAAAACUGCUCAGAUAACUAAAGUUGUGAGUUUGCAAGAAGAAAUCAUUUGAUUCUGAGAAGGGACAGAGAAGGUUUUGAGUAAAUAUACGCUUCAGAGCUACUAUUCUAACUUGGUUUCUAGAGAAGUCUGGGUAUACUUCACACAGGGUAACUGGAAAAAACAACAUUAGAUUAUGCUAUGCUGCCUGAGAAGGGUUGGAUGGUGCUAGCACACUGGGGCAGCUCAAAGGAAACAGAAUGUCGUCCAUUUCUUAAAUUAAUUAAUAACAGUGGUGUAGAUGCUGUUAUUGAAUCUGUAGACUGUACAAUGUAUAUAGCUUUAUUCUCAAUUUUUUUAUUACAAAAACAAAAUAAAAUUCAGGUUUAUACAAAAGAAAUUUGCAAAGCUAAUGGAGUAGCAGUAGCUGCUGCUGUAGAUAAGCCAAGGUGAUGAAUAUUAAAUUUGUAUGAACAGAAAUUUAACAUGGCUUUUGUCACCAUUCUACAAUGCACAUGGUGAAGCAACUUCAAGA